CCCUCAGUACAUUAUUUUCUGGUGUAACAUCAACUCACAUGAAUUUAGAUGUUGAUGAUGACGAAGAUAAUGAAGGGUCUGCUACUCAAGAUGAAUAUGAAGAAAAAAAUGUUUGCAAAUCAUAUUCGCAAAAAAUAAAGGCUUCAAUGAAACGCGGGGAAUCACUAAGAUCUCUACUUGCGCCUCUUCCUGGCGAAGAAGAUAAAUAUGUUCUCACAAAGAAAGUAGUCGACAAAGUUAUAGAAAUUCCAAUGAUACAUAUAACAUAUGGCCAAUUAACUCAAAACGAUCCAGAACUAAUGAAAACAAAUUUUUUUUACUUUUUAAGAAUAAGUGAUGAAAAAAUUCCAAAUUUUGAUUCUCAGGAAACUUGUGAUAAUGAAAUUUUAAAUUAUAUUGUGGUCGGAUCUUUAAAUGGAUUUUUUCUGGAAUCUCUAAAUGAGAUGCUGGUUAAUGUAUUCGCUCCUUUAAUGGAAAUUCAGUUAUAUGCCAAAACUCCAGAACAAAUAUAUGAAAAUCACGAACACGCUAAUAGUGACAAAAUCGUAAAAACUGACGUUAAUCUCAUUGGUUCAGAAUCUCAGACACUUAAGUUUCAUAAAGCUUUGGAGGAUAAAGAAUGGUCAAUAAAGAUUGAAAAUUUUGAUGAAUCGCAAAAACAAUUGAUGUCAACAGGAAAAGAUGUUACGAAUCAGAGAAUUUCAUCAGAGUGUGUUGAAGAACAUUCUGAAUCACUAAAAACAUUUAGUGAUCCCUGUCAUAAACAUAUCAAGAAAACUAAUAUUAAACAACUUUUGAAAUAUCUUGAAGAAUUAACAGCUUCUGUGCAGUGGAAUCUCGAGAAUAUCGGAGACGAUAUUUUGAUACCUCUACCAAAAACAUUAGAUUUAUUAAAUACCGAUUUUUUAAAUAUUGAGUUUGCUGCACUUGAUAAAAAUAUGAUUGAACAACUGGAGAAUAUUGUUAUCAAUUGGGAAAAACAUAUAAAUAAAGUAUUAGAUACUUAUAAAAAUAAAAUUCCACAAGGCAAGGGCCCAAUGGCUGAGUAUGACUAUUGGCACGAUCGAUUAAUUGGCUUGUCGAUAUUAGUAGAAAAUUUGAAUUCACCAAUAGCCAAAAAAAUUAAAUCAAUUUUAAAUGAAGCUCGGUCAUCCAUAUUAUCAGCAUUCCAUUGGUUUGAAAUUGAGCUUUGGAAAUAUUACACAGAAGCACGAGAAAAUAACAAAUUUCUCUUCACAGUAUUACGAUACUUCAACUUAAUUACUGAAUCUAAUGAAUUGCAAGUUAUCAAUGAGGCUCUUCCAUCAUUAAUGGAAGGUAUGAAAAUGAUUUGGAUUUUGUCUAAGUAUUUUAAUACUGAAGAAAGAAUGACUUCACUUUUGGAGAGCAUUUCUUGGCAAUUAUGUGAAAAUAUUAAAAAUACUUUAUCAGUAAAGGAACUUUUCAGAAAACCAUUGGAAGAAAUUUCACUGCAAGCUCAGAAUGCCUAUAAAAUGUUGAAAAGUUGGAAAACUUUGUACUUAGUAACACGCGAAAAUAUCGAAUCGUCUGAAAAAGGUAGACGAUGGGAAUUCGAUCAGCAACGAUUGUUUAGUGAGACAGAAUAUAUCGCGAAAGUAUGCAAUGAUUUCAAUGAAAUUGCAAGUGUUCUUCAAAACUUCUACAACAUUUUCGGGCCUGAGUUGAAAUCAAUCAUCACUGAUCCAGCGCAAAUAGAUGUCAUUGUAAAAAGAGUUGAUGAGUUAAUUGAACCGAUUCUACAUGCUGAUUUUAAUAUUUUUAAUAAACUUAAUCAAGAAAACUGGGAUGCUACUAUGGCUUGGUUUUACUUGGAAGUAACUUCUUUACAAAACGAAGCACUAUUUUUAAUGGAUGAUUGUUUCAUGAUAUUAAUUAAUGCUGAACAAGCUUUGGAAGUGCUACUCAAAUUUAAAAAUAUUCAAACGAGGCAAGCUAUUCAAGAAUGUUUAUCAAUGAAAUUCGAUGUUAUUAUGCAGCAAUUCAACAAAGAAAUUAACAAAGUUGAAAAUAUAUUUAAUUCAGGCAAAAGUAACCCGCCUUUAUUAAAAUAUCAUUUACCGAUCGCUGGUUCUAUAUUUUGGGAACGACAACUAGUUAAUAGGUUACAUGGCCCAGUGAUGACAUUUAAACAUGUCCCAGAACUCAAUCAAAGUCACUUAAAGUCGUUAGUUUUUAGUCAGUAUCUAGAUGCCGCUAAACGAAUGAAACAAUUCGAAGAUACAAAAUUUAGUUCUUGGAAUAAUAAAGCUAAUUCGCUGAUAUUAAAUGCAAUGAAGAGACAUAUUUUAAAUAUCGUUUCAAUAAACAAAAUUGUUAUACAAGAGCAGACAGUUGCAAAGAACAAAAGUGUUACUGUUAGAAGGUUGCGAUGUAUCGACUCUCAGACACAAGAGCUUAGUUCCGGGGGGAAAAACUUAUACUUUGAUUCGGCAGGUUCAAAAAUGGGAUCUGGUUUAAAGGGCUUAGUUAAUAAAGUGCUCAAGCUACAAAUCAAUUUCAACAAAAUUCAUGAGACGCUACGUCCAGUGAAAAUAACAGAUGAUAAAAUAAUGGUUGAACAACAAUUAUCUUUUCAAGUUAAUUUUGAUUUAAAACUUUUCGAAAUAAUUUGUGAAGCAGAAAUGUUGGAACAAUUGAAAUUUGAAUUGUCAACUUCUAUGAGAGAUCUGGGGAUCCAAAAAGAUCGACUAAAAGUAGAUAUAGAGCUCACACAAACGACAAUUGAUCAGUAUAAUAGAAUAAUGAGUAAAUUAGAUGUAGCGGAUGUUAGGUUACUUAAAAACAUGAUAAAAAGUAUUGAUAAAUACAUACAGUCUGGAGUGACGAGAUUGAACUGGUAUUCCUUAGAUAUACCUAAUUUCGCUACGCAUAGUAAAAAACUGUUAAAAAAUUUAGAAUCGGUCAUUACUCAAGUUAAUCACAUAAAAAAAGAUCUCGAUAAUCGAAUAGAAUAUAUCAGCACUUAUAAUCUAGUCACUACAUCGAUUGAUCUCACUGAUUCAGAUUACAAGUUACUUCAGUGCAACAUGUAUUUUUCGGAUAUAAAAGCAAAGAGAACAAAGUUAGUUGACGGAAUUUUAAAAGCUUACCAGUCAAUUAGCCCUAUAUUGAUAAAAUUGGAAAGUCUAGUUGAAAACACAACCACUGGCAAAAGUAAAGCGAUGCAAUUUUUUUAUGAACGAUAUGAACAAACAAUUUUCACAGCCUUUAUAACGUGCCUAGUGAGCAAUUUAGACGCUUUAAAUAUUCUAUUAUUGGGAAAUAGAUCUAUUUUCGUAGUCGAUGCAGCUUUAUUAUCUUCUGAAGUAAUUCUUCGUCCCUCUCCGAAUGAAAUCAACGUAAUAAUCUUGGGAGACAUAAAAGAUUUGCUUGAAAGAUUUAAACUGUUUCCAAGAUGGGCAGCGGAAAGUUGUCACGAAUGUAAACAAAUGAAAGAAACGAGUACAGACAGUUUUUACAGAUUCAGUUUUUUUGAUAACGUUAUGAGCAUUCAAAUUAUCAAUGAUCGUAUUGCUACUAUUCAAAAUACGACUCAAAGAUUGACAGUAGAAUGUUGGAAAUAUCUGUAUAAAUGGAAAAAGUACAGUAAUUUAUGGCGAGCUGAUAAAUCUCAAAUAUGUGAAAAAUUUGUUGUUACGUGUCCGACUCUCAAUCAAUACGAUGAAAAAUUCACGUACUACGAUACAAUAAUAGAAAAAAUCGAGGAAUGGACACCAUAUUAUGACAUAUCCAGUAUCAAAAUAAAUUUGACUCCACUACUAAAAAGCAUUAAAGAGCAUGCCCAAAAAUGGAAACAACUUUUGGGAGAUUAUCUAAUAUCAGAAACCAAACAAUCAAUGAAAAACUUGACAUCUAAAAUUAAUAUAUUUCGAUCGGAAAUAGAACUUGUUAUCAAUAGUUUGAGCAGAUUCAAAGCAGUCAUGCAAACAAUAGGAAAUAUUAAAAAAAUGUCAAUACAAGCCAUGGUUCAAUAUAAUGAAUACCACGAAACCUUCAAAACAUUGAGAACACGUGGAAUAGUAUUUUCACCCGAGCUUGAAGACCAAGCUUAUAAAAUUCAAAAAGAUUGGGAAUCGAUUUAUUUUGAAUCACUUUAUCGAGCUACAACAUUAGAGAGCACAAAAGAUCGCUUUCGCCAAAUGACUGAAGAACAAAUUUCUGAUCUUCUGAAAGAAUGUGAAGAGUUUGCUGAGUAUUUCAAUGAAAAUGGACCUGGAAGUGUUGGUAAUGAUCUUGAUAGUGGACUCGUAAAAAUGGAAGAGUUUGAAAAAUUGAUAAGCACUUUAGAAGAGCGACGACUAGAUCUUGUCAAUGCUGAAAUUUUAUUUGAUCUUCCACCAACAAAUUUUUCAAUUUUCAUAUCAACAAAACAAGACUUUGAGGAUAUGAAACUAAUUUAUUCUUUGUAUAAAACCCAAAAAGAUGCAAAGGAAGUUUGGUCAAAAACUUUAUGGUCAGAUUUAAAUUCUCAGCAAUUAAUUGAUGAAAUAGAUCUGUACAUCAAUGAGUUUAGGAAACUCCCAGAAACAGUUAAACAACUUGAUAUUGGUAAAGUUUUCGAAAUGAUGCUGGAAUCAUUUAGAAAUUCAGUGCCACUAUUUGUUGAGCUGAAGAAUGAAGCGAUGCGUGAAAGACAUUGGAAGGAAUUGAUGGACAAAACAGGAAAACAUAUUGAUUUUCCCCCAGAUAGGUUUACAUUAAAAAAUUUGUUUGAUAUGGAGUUAACCAAGUUCCACGAGGUUGCACAGACGGUUGUGACAAAUGCGAUAAAGGAAUCAGCAAUCGAAAAAGAAAUUGAAGAAAUCGCGGGCUUAUUAAAAACGAUGGAAUUUAAACUAACUAAGCGAUAUGAUGGAUCAAAGGAAAAUGGCUUUAUCCUUGGAUCAGUGGAGGAUUUAAUUCAAAUUCUUGAAAACAACAUAAUCAAACUUCAAAACAUGAAAAAUUCAAAAUUUAUUGAACCAUUUUUGAAUACAGUUCAAAAAUGGGAAAUAAUUAUGCGAAAACUAUUAGAUGUGAUAGAAGUCUGGAAUGAACUAGAAAAAAAAUGGCUACAUUUAGGAGGAAUUUUCAUUCGCAGUGACAUAAGAACUCAACUUCCUAAGGAAGUGUCAAAAUUCGACGAAAUAGAUAAUACUUAUAAACAAACAAUGCUUGAUACUUCAAAAAAAUUAAAUGUUUACGAUUGUUGUACGAUUACUGGCCGUAAAGAAGCAUUUGUAAAAUUAAUUUCUAGCCUUGAUAAGUGUCGGAAAUCAUUAUCUGAAUAUCUCAAUAUUAAACGAUUUAUUGUUCCAAGAUUUAAUUUUUUAAGUGAUGACGAAUUACUGAGAGUUUUGGGUCAGCGUGGGCCAGUUGAAAUUCAAAAAUACAUAGAAAAAAUAUUUGACAAUUUGGAAAAAUUUCGGCUUGAAGAGCAGAAAAUAAAUGAUGUUACAAGAAUUAAUUGUACUGGUAUAAUUUCUUGUGAAAGUGAAAUAAUGGAAUUUAAAAAUCCCGUAGUUAUUCUUGAAAAUGUAGAAGAAUGGAUGGUAAUUUUACUAAAGGAAAUGAAGUAUUCUAAUCGAUAUCUAACGAAAAAAGCGAUUUAUGAUUAUGGAAAAUUAGAAAAAUCUCGUAUUAAAUGGUUGCUCACUUUUCAAGGUAUGGUAAUAUUUGUAGCUAAUCAAAUAUGGUGGACGGCAGAAAUUGAAGAUGUUUUUUUAAGGAUCAAACAAGGCAAGAAACGAGCUAUGAAAAAGUAUUUAAUACAACUCAACAAUCAGCUAAAUGAAGUAGUAAAACUUAUGGGUGAAAAGUCUCUAACCAAUAAUGACCGAAAAAAAUUGAAUACUGUUUUAACCAUUGACGUGCAUGCUCGCGAUGUAGUCGAUGAAUUUGUAAGAGAUUGUAUAACUAACACUGAAGAAUUUAAAUGGGAAAGUCAAUUGAGAUUUUACUGGUGUUGCAAUUUAGAUAAUGUUUGGAUUAACCAAUGUACAGGAAGCUUUGAAUACGGUUACGAAUAUAUGGGUUUAAAUGGAAGACUUGUUAUAACUCCUUUGACAGAUCGGAUUUAUUUAACAAUUACGCAAGCUCUAUCAAUGCAUUUAGGUUUAUCUUUGGCAGGUCCAGCUGGUACAGGAAAAACUGAAACAGUAAAGAAUUUAGCUAAAACAUUUGGUCUUUUAUGCAUUGUAACCAAUUGCAGUGAUGGGCUGGAUCACGUUUCUAUUGGAAAGAUUUUAGGAGGAUUAAUACAAUGUGGUGCAUGGGGUUGUUUUGAUGGAUUUAAUAAUGUUGAUGAAUCUGUUCUCUCUAUUAUUUCGAGUCAGUUCCAAACAAUACGUUCAGCGUUGCAACAAAAGGCAAUGAGAUUUAUGUUUGGAACACAAGAUAUUGGAUUAGAUUCAAAAUUUGGAGUAUUCAUUACUAUUACUACUAGUAACGAUUAUCGGACGAGGCUUCCAGAAUCAUUAAAAGUAUAUUUCAGGCCUAUAGUUGUGAUGACGCCUGACAACGAAUUGAUUUGUCAAAUUAAACUCUUUAGCGCUGGCUUUUUAACUGCAAAAGUCCUUGCAAAAAAAAUGACUGUGUUAUACAGCCUCGCAAAAGAUCAAUUAAGUAAACAAGCUCAUUAUGAUUUUGGACUGAGAACUCUCAUUUCGCUUUUAACUAUGGCCAGACAUUUGAAAAAAGUCUCAGAUUUACCAGAAAAUGUAAUAUUGCUGCAAGCUUUGAAAGAUACUAAUCUCCCUAAAUUUAUAACUGACGAUGUUCCCAUUUUUCUUGGACUUUUGAAAGAUCUUUUUUCCGGAUUAGAUUGCUGUGAAAUAGAGUAUCCAUUGCUUAAGAAGACUGCGGAAAAUGUCUUGGCAAAUCAUGGAUUUACUAUUCUACCUGAGCAGGUAAAUAAAAUUUUACAACUAUAUAAGUUAAUGAUGACAACACAUGCAAUAAUGAUUGUGGGUCCUACUGGAGGAGGAAAAUCAGUAAUUAUAAAGACAUUGUGGGAAGUACAGAAAAGUUUGAAUAAUCCAACAAAAUGGUAUGUUUUAAACGCUAAAGCAUACACAGUAUCUGAACUUUAUGGAACUCUGAAUCCCCUUACUCGCGAAUGGAAUGACGGACUUUUGAGUAACAUUUUCCGUAAAAUCAAUGAACCUUUUGACUCUUCAUUACAAAAUGAAAAAAGAUGUAUCCUUUUUGACGGUGAUGUUGAUUCUUCGUGGAUAGAAAAUAUCAAUUCAGUAAUGGAUAAUAAUAAAACUUUGACGCUUUCAAAUCAAGAAAGAAUAAAGUUAAAGGAUAACUGCAGUUUAGUUUUUGAAGUUGGCAAUUUACAAUACGCAUCACCAGCUUUAGUGUCACGUGUUGGAAUGGUUUACGUUGAUCCAGAAAAUUUAGGAUAUGAGCCGUAUGUUAAUAAAUGGAUUAAGAGCCGAUGUGGAUCUGAACAAGAAUAUUUGAAAAUAUUAUAUAAAAAAUACAUUCCUGGAGCUGUUAAGCUGAUUAUUGAUGGAAUGUUAGGCUCACAACAAGUCAACUCUUUGCAAAUGAUAAUUCAUCAAAGCGCGUUAAACUUGGUUAUUCAAUUGUGUAAAAUGAUAGAUAGUCUGUAUCCAUCUUGUCAUAAAGGAGAAUUAAUAUGGGAGAAGUAUAAUAGAAUAUCAGCAAAUGACGAAAAACUCUGUAUUCAUAAACUUGAAGAUAAAAAUGAUUUAUUAGAAGCAGUGUUCAUUCAAUCAUGCUAUUGUUCUUUGGGUGCUGCUCUUGUUGCAGAAGCUCAGUAUAAAUUCGAUGAUUACAUAAAAAAAACUUCGGGGUUAAUGAUGAUUGACGACACUCCAGAAAAAUUGGCUACCAUAUAUCAUAUUCCUAUUGCAUGUGCAUUGUUAUAUGACUACGUUUUAGACGUAGAAAAUAAAGUGUGGAGAUUAUGGAAAUUGCUUAUUCCUCAAUACAUUCAUGAUAGAAGUAAAAAUUUUGGUGAAAUUUUUGUUCCUACAACUGACACGCUACGCGUGACCUGGUUCAUAAGAUUGAUGAAUAAUUUGAAACAGUCUGUUUUGUUGGUUGGUGAAACCGGAGCUUCAAAAACUGCAACUGUUGAAGCGUUUUUGAGAUCUCUUGAUUCGGAAAAAUUUGCUCCAUUGAAAAUAAAUUUUUCACUGAGAACAACAUCGAUGGAUGUUCAAAAAAAUAUUGAGUCUCGUGUAGAAAAGCGAACACGAGAUUUAUACAGUCCGCCAUUAGGAAGAACACUUUUAGUUUUCAUUGAUGAUAUAAGCUUGCCAUUGAUUGAUAUGUAUGGAACUCAACAGCCAAUUGCACUACUCAAACUUCUUUUAGAAUAUGGUGGUUUUUAUGAUCGACAUAAAGAUUUUAACUGGAAACAAAUUAAAGAUAUUUGGUUUUUAUCAGCGAUGGAAGCAAGAGGAAAAAAUGCCGUUGAUCUUCGAUUUCUUUCUUUACUUUCUGUUUAUAAUAUUCAAUGCCCUAACGAUACAAACUUGAAUUAUAUUUAUACAAGUAUUUUAGCCGGGCAUCUAUCAAUAUUUUCCGAAAAAAUUCAAGCUAUUACAAAUGUUCUCAUCGAAAUCAUUAUAGAAUUAUAUGAAAUGGUUAGAGUGAAAUUGCCACCAACUCCAUCGAAAUUUCAUUACAUUUUCAACAUGAGAGAUUUGUCAAAAAUAUGCGUAGGACUUCUCCAAAGUACUCCUAAUUGUUUUUCAAUAGUUCCGCAAUUCGUAAGAUUAUGGAGAAAUGAAAUAACUCGAAUUUUCUGCGAUCGGUUAAUUACUGAAGAGGAUCGAAGUUUCGUGCAAAAAUAUUUGGAGUUGAAAAUAAAAUCAGUAUGGAGUGAGAAUCCGGAUGUAGUUGAAAAUACUCUAAGAGACCCGUUACUGUUUGGCGAUUUUAGAAAUGCUUUUAAUGAAGAUAAAAUUCAAAUAUACGAAGAUGUAUUAGACUACGAAGCUGUUUAUAACCUUUUCAUUGAGAUUCUUGAAUUAUAUAAUGAAAAAUAUUCUAAACUUAGUAUGAUCCUUUUUAAUGAUGCACUUGAACAUUUAAUACGUGUUCAUCGUAUUUUAAAAAUUCACCGUGGUCACGUAUUAAUCGUUGGAGUUAGUGGAAGUGGGAAACAAUCAGUAAUAAGACUUGCAUCAUUCGCAGCCAAAUGUGAAAUUUUUGAAAUUUCGCUUAAUCACGGAUAUAAUGAAACAUGUUUUCAUGACGACAUGAAAAAGCUUUUUAAUUUAGUUGGCAUUGAAAACAAAAAAAUUACAUUCUUAUUAACGUCAGCUCAAAUUAUAGAUGAAAAUUUUUUAGAAAUGAUAAAUAAUAUAUUGACCACUGGCAUUCCUUUCACAUUAUUUACUGAAGAGGAAAUUGACAUGAUUAUUAAUACCUGCGGAACUAAUGCAACCCAAGCGGGAUAUGGCACAACAAAAGAAAGUAUUUGGUCUUAUUUUACGAACAAUAGCUCCUCGAAUCUUCAUAUUGCUUUUUCAAUGAGUCCAGCAGAUGAUAUUUUCAAGAUGCGUUGCAGAGAUUAUCUUGGAAUUAUUAAAUGUACAGCAAUUGAUUGGGUGUGUUCUUGGCCUCAAAAAGCGCUUUUCACUGUUGCAAAUGUUCUAUUAAAGAAUGACGAGUGUAUUUCUGCAGAGUAUCGUGAAAAUAUUGUUCUGCAUAUAGUUAGUGUACACGUUGGUGUUGAAAUAUAUACUUUGGACUUAUUUAGAAAAUAUCGAAGAAAUAAUUACGUUACGCCAAAGCAUUUCAUCGGUUUUAUCAACACGUUUCUAGAACUUCUAACGAAAAAAAAGAAAUAUGUUAAUUUUCAAUGUGAUCGGCUGUCGGCUGCAGUGAAAAAAAUUACUGAAACUUCAGAGAAUCUUGUUAAAUUAAAUGAUACAUUAUCAGUUCAAAGUAUUGAUGUAAUUGAACUAACAAAAGAAUGCGACGCAUUGUUUACUUCGAUUGAAAAAUUAGAAAAAAUAAUCACACAGAUAAAAGAAAUCAAUUUAAAAAAAAAAGAUGAACCGACAGAGAAAAAUAAAAUUACAGCCGAAAAACCCAUAGAGUGUGAGAAAGUUUUUGCCGAUGCAUUGCUCGAACUAGAUACUUCGAAAAAAGCAUUGAAAACUUUAACGAAUAGUGAUGUGGCUGAGUUUAAAUCGUUUCCAUCACCUCCACAACCUAUUCAAAUAGUCGGCGAAUGUCUUGCGAUAAUAAAAGGCUCGGAUGAAAUUUCAUGGGAAAGUUUUCAAAAUUUGGUUAGUAAUUUAAACUUUCUAGAAUUUCUUCAGGAGUUAGAUAUCCACGAGAUCAUGACGAAACAACAUCAGUUGAUAAAACCAUGUUUGAAGAAAUGUGAUGAACUAGAUCAAUUGAAAUCAAUAAGCAAAGCAGGUUUUACAUUUUAUAAAUUUAUUCUUGCUGUGUUACAUUAUAGUGAAGUUUAUCAAAACGAACAAGAUAAAUCAGAACGGCUAGAAAAGUUCAAAAUUGAAUCAGAACACAUCCAUAGUCUAUUUAAAAAAGAAGAAAAUGAAUUAGAAGAAUUAAAAAAACAACUGGCAGAAGUAAAUGUAAAAUAUGAGGCUACGUUGUGUAAAAAAGACAAAUUGCAAGAAGAAAUCAAUGUUUCUCAAAGAAAUUUGAGUCUUGCCGACGAAUUGGUGAAUACGCUUUCAUCUGAAAGUGAGAGAUGGCAAAAAGAAUUAAAAUGUUUACAGGAUGACUACGAAUCCAUUAUCGGCGAUUGUUUAUUGUCUUCUGGGUUUUUAAUAUACUGCGGACCUUUUUCUUGUGAGUUUAGGAAUAAAAUGGUCUAUAAUGAUUGGCUAAAGAGCAUCACAGAAAAAAAUAUUCCAUUAUCUAAGAUAUUCCGAUUGGAAAAUCAACUAACUAAUGACGUCGAAAUGCGAGAAUGGAAUUCUCAGGGGUUACCCCAGGAUGAAUUUUCUACUCAAAACGCAAUUUUAACAAUCUACUCAACAAAGAUCGCUCUUUGUAUUGAUCCUCAUAAUCAAGCGCUCAAUUGGCUAAAAAAAAAAGAAGAGAAAAAUUUAAAAAUUGUUUCAUUUUAUAAUAAAAAUUAUAUUAAAGACCUGGAAGUAGCUAUUGAAAAUGGAUAUCCAAUUAUUUUUCAAGACGUUGAUUAUUUUGAUUAUAUUUUAGAUAAUGUUAUAGAGAAAAAUAUCCAAAGUGUGAAUGGCAGGUCAUUUGUGAUUCUGGGGGAUAAAAAAAUAGAAUACAACGUGAAUUUUCGAGUAUACUUUAUGACAAAAAUUUCUAAUCCUAACUUUGAUCCUGCAAUGUACUCAAAGGCAACUGUUAUAAAUUUUAUGGUCACUAUGGUAGGGCUUGAAAAGCAACUACUCUCAAUCGUCGUACAAUCAGAAAAAAAAGAUGUUGAAGAAAAGAACGAUAAAUUAAUAAUUGAUAUUGGUGAAAAUAAGGACUUGAUUCAAAAACUAGAAGAUACUAUUUUACAAGAAAUAUCGACGAGUACAGACAAUUUAUUAGAUAACAUUAAUUUGAUGAAAUUUAUAGAAGAUUUCAAGACUAUUACCAGUGAAGCGGUAAAGAAAAUCGAUCAAGACACUGUUGCAGCAAUAGAUGUUAAUAGACUUAGGAAUGAUUACCGCCCGGUUGCAACGAGAAGUGCAAUACUAUUUUUUGUACUUUUUGAUCUAGCUACUAUAAGUCCUAUGUAUCAAUAUUCAUUUUCAAGCUAUCUCAAAGUAUUUAUACAUUCAUUAAGACACGCACCAUUCAAUUCAUCAUUUUCUGAACGUUUAGAAAAUAUCAUUCAAACUCUUACUGCAAAUAUUUUUGAUUAUGGAUGUAUGGGUAGUUUCGAGAAGCAUAAAAUUUUACUUUCUUUUCAUAUUGCUACUAAAAUUGAACUAAGUAGUGGUAAAAUCAGCCAAGAAGAAUUCAAUUUUUUUAUCAAAAAAAACGUUGCUGUCAACAAUCCUCCGAAAAAUCUGAUUUUUUGGCUUCCUCCAUCUGGAUUGGAAGAUAUUCUUAGGCUUUCAGCAGAGUUUACAGAAUUCUCUGAUUUAUAUAAUGAUCUGCAAGUUCACUCAGACGAUUGGUAUGAGUGGUUUCAUUCAGAUACUCCUGAAUCGAUUCCUUGUCCUGGUCAAUAUUCGAAAAAAUUGCGUAAAUUUCAAAAACUUAUGUUACUAAAAUGUUUCCGGUGUGAUCGAGUUCGUUGUGGAAUGAUUAAUUACAUAAGUGAAUGUUUGGGAGAAAAAUUUAUUACUUCUCGCAUUUUGAGUUUUGAUCUGAUUUAUGAACAAAGUGAUUCAACCAUUCCUGUUAUCUUCAUUCUCAGUCCAGGAACAGAACCAACAUCAGAACUUAUCAAAUUCGCAGAAUUGUAUGGGUUUAGGGCUGGAAAAUUUCAAAAUCUUUUUUUGGGUCAAGGAGAAGAAGAAAAAGCUGUUGGAUUGCUGGAAACUGCCAUGUCUACAGGACAAUGGUUAGUUUUGCAAAACUGUCAUUUAUUGUUAGAAUUUAUUCGAAGACUUGAAGAAAAAAUUGAUACUUUUACGAAACCACAUCCUGAUUUUCGUUUAUGGUUAACAACCGAAUUAUCAAAAAAUUUUCCCAUUGGAUUUCUACAGCGAUCAUUAAAAGUUGUUUCCGAGUCACCAAGUGGAUUGAAAUUCAAUUUGAAGAAUACUUACAUAAAAAUGGAGAACGAAAAUCUGGAAAAUUGUAAUCAUCCAAAUUAUAAACAUCUUGUUUAUGUUCUUGCAUUUUUUCAUGCAGUUAUUCAGGAAAGAAAGAAGUAUGGUAAAAUCGGUUGGACUUUGGAUUAUGAUUUCAGCGAUUCAGAUUUGGCUCUCUCAAUGACAACUGUCAAAACGUAUUUGAGUAAAUUAUCCUCUACUAAUAAUUUCCCCUGGAAUAGCCUUAAAUAUAUGAUAGGUGAAGUGAUUUACGGGGGGAAAGUAAUUGACAACUAUGAUCGUCGAAUAUUUGGAGUGUACAUGGAUGAAUACUUUGGUGAUUUUCUAUUCGAUGCUUCUCAUCCCUUCCAUUUUUAUAACAAUAAUGAUACUGUGUACGUUAUUCCAUCGAUUAGUCGUAAGAACGAUUACAUAGGAUUUAUAGAAAAUUUAUCUCCGAGUAAUUCUCCUGAAAUUUUUGGCCUGAACUCAAACGCAGAAAUUGAUUAUUUUAUUCAAAGUAUGACAGAUUUGCUGAUUGAUUUAAAUGAUAUGCAACCUCAACGAUCUGAUAGUCUAUCAAAAAGUAACCGAGAAGAACUUGUAGAUAAUAUAGCUACUGAUCUUUUGACUAAAAUUCCACCGGAGUAUAAUAUGACAAAAGUAAGGAAUAAUUUUGAUCUCGUUGUUACCCCAAUAGUAAUCGUUUUAUUUCAAGAAUUGGAAAGAUUUAAUAAAUUAAUUAAGAAAAUGAACACAACUCUAACACAGCUUAAGAAAGCUAUAGCUGGAGAAAUAAAUAUUGAUAGAACAUUAGAAAGUCUAUUGGAUUCUUUGCACAAUGGUGUUGUGCCAAAAGAAUGGGCAUCUUUAGCUCCAGCGACGAAAAAAAAUCUCGCAAGCUGGAUAAAUCAUAUAAAUAAAAGAACAGAUCAAUAUACUGAGUGGUCCGGAAGUAAUGAGCCAAUAGUCUUGUGGUUAUCUGGACUAUACAACCCUCAAUCAUAUCUAGCAGCAUUUUUCCAAAUGACAUGUAGAAAGAAUAAUUGGCCGAUAGAUAAAUCUUUAAUUUAUACUCAAGUAUCGCAAUUUUCAAGAGUUGACGAAGUCGAAGAAAGACUUCAUCAGGGAUGCUAUGUACAUGGUCUUUAUUUAGAGGGAGCCAGAUGGGAUGUGAAACACCAGUGCUUGAAGAAGUCAUACCCAAAAGUGAAAUUUGAUGAACUUCCGGUGUUAUCUAUUAUUACUAAAGAGUCUCAUCACUUAACUUUAGAGUAUACCGUGAAAACUCCGGUUUAUGUAACAUCGGAUCGCCAAAAUGCUAUGGGAGAAGGAUUGGUUUUCGAAGCUGAUCUUAGAACGGCUGAUCACAAUUCUCUAUGGAUCUUACAAGGUCUCUGCUUGCUACUAAACGUGGAUUAAUUUACUGCUUUUGACCAGUUAAGCAUAUAUGGCAGGUGUGAGUAUCCGUUGAUUAUCAGAGAGAUUGUCACGGGACUCAAUUAUUCUCUAAUCCAAAAACCAAUUGGUCUGAAGAAAAAACCGUAUGAUUUUUUUAAUCUUCGGCUUCGAAAAAUUGUUUGGGAACUGUUUAGAUAUGAUCUUAAAUGGACUGAAUAUCGAGUAAAAAUACUUUAUGUUGUAUCAUAAAUGAUCAUACAUGACCGUAUAUAAUCUUAUAUGGUUUGUGUAUAUGUCAGAAGAAAUAUAUUUGCCUUCAUAUAUGAUCAUAUAUGAACACGUAUGAUUCAUACACAAACAUAUAUGAAUCAUAUAUGAUCUUAUAGGGUUAUAUCUAAUUAUAUAUAGCCAGAUCUGAACUUUUAUUUCCCGAGCUACUAUUAUUAUUACUACGAUUAUUACCAUUGUGAUUAUUAUUACUUG